AUGAGGGCAACAGCAGACCAUUCCCACUCCCUCUCGGACAACGAGAACCACGACUCGUCCUCAUCCAACAACGGCGACAUCGACUCCCGCAGGAGAUCAAUGUCCAUCGACAACACCAGUCCUGCUCCUCCCUCUUCACACCAGCACCAUCAGCAAGGGCCAGGAGAAUCAACCUAUUCAUCCGACUCGACUCAUUCCAACACUGGUCAUCACCACUACCAGCAACAGCAACAGCACCAAGGGUAUUACGAUCACACCCCUCCUUCUUCUCACAACCACAAAAGUAAUAACAAUAACAACAGUGCCAAUGGUCACAGCGCCCCUUACGACCACUACAACAGCAACAACAACAAUAACAACAGUAACAGAAAACAACAUACCCCUUCUCCGCCACCCGCUUCUUCGUCCUUGUCCCUAUUGGCAUCCUCGGCCACAGAGGUCUUCCAGGGCCGCUCCCUCCCGCCCAUCGAGCCCUCGCACCCGCUCCACAGCUACAUGUCCAACUCCCGAAGGGGCUCCCUCGCCGUUGGUGCUUCCAGUGCUGACCCCGAGUAUCAUCAACAGCAGCAGCCUUACACUGACAGAGAUAUGAUCUAUCGUAGACCCUCUAUCGCCGUCCAUGAUACCUCUUCACCUUCGACUACUGCCUCUAAUACUUCGCCAUUACCACCACCAUCAACUCAUAACAAUGGAGGUGGACACUAUUAUAACAGCAACCACGCAGUCAAUGGAGGUGCUUCGCCAGGAUCCUCAGGAUCUGUAGCACCACUACAGGCGGCAGGAGGAGUAUCACCGACACAACUCCGUCAUGCCGAGAUCUCAGCUGCAGCGGCAGCAGCAGGAGGGCGCCGAGAAUCCCUCCCCUCGAUCUACAGUAGUGCCGGACCCUUGGGCCAGCUGUAUGCACAGGAACCUCCGCGGAGACAUUCGAUCGCCCACCACCUCCACCAUCCUAACAACAGUAACAAUGGUACCAACUCGAACAAUGAUACUCCUUUGACUGGUGGAGGACCUCUGAAACGGAAGUCGUCAGGAACUCGGCUCUCACAAGUUCAUUUGAUAUCGGACGCUCUUCUGGAACAUCCCGCCAAACGACGAGAUUCUAUCCCGGACACCUCGGCCGCUGCUGCCCUCGCUGCUGCAAGUCAUAGUCAAGGAGGUUAUGCCUACCCGAACCAUGGGCAUCACCAGACGCCUGGACAUCAUCAUCAUAUUCAUCAUGGACAUGGACAUGGACCUUACCCUCCUAGGAGCUCCUUCUCGGCCCCUUCAAGUCCACCCCGUCGAGGCUCCAUCGCUGCAAGUUCCUCAUCAUCUCCAGCAAACUCGGUCCCGGCAUUGAACUUGCAACCGCCCGCCGAGAUCAAAUCCUCGCCUGCGCCGUCGUCGAUGAUGGAAUACGGUCGCCCCCAUUACCCUCUCCACCAACCCCGUCGCCCUUCCCUCCUCUCUGAAUCUGGAUCUCGUCGGUCAUCGGUCGCAGACCUUCAUCAUCCCUACAACAAUGCUAACGGAGGGUCACCUUCAGGUUCGGGUGCCUACCCGCCACAUGAGUACGAUCACCGAAUGAACAUGGAUAUGGAGCGUAUGCACUUGUCGAAUCAGGGUCCGGAACCAUUGGUGAAUGGCGGCGUACUACCUGUAGGACCCACGUCUUCUUCAGGAGCACCACCACCACCACCACAUAUGUAUCCUGUAUACAACGGAACUUCGCCUACCAACACCAAUACGACGACGACACCACCAGGCGAGUUGCUGGUUCCCUCCAAGGGAGACACACCUUACUCGCGGUCGCCGGAAUUGAGGGUAUCACACAAGUUGGCCGAAAGGAAACGGCGCAAGGAGAUGAAAGAGCUUUUUGAUGAGCUGCGGGAUUCCUUGCCGGUCGACCGAUCCCUCAAGACCAGCAAAUGGGAGAUCCUUAGCAAAGCGGUGGACUAUAUUGGAAGCAUGAAGGAUGAGCAGGAUAGUAUGACCAAGGAGGUCGAGGCCCUCCGCCAAGAAGUGCAACGGCUCCAACAUCAGAAGCAGCAACUCCCCUCUUCCUCCUCCUCCUCCUCGGCACAUUCUCAAUACCCUCCACAACAACAGCAACAACAACACCCGCAUCAACAACAACAUCAUCAACAACAACAAACAUACCAUCCGCAUUCCCAACAGCAACAACAACAACAACAAUAG